CAGUGGCUGGCAGUGCCGAGUGCGCCGCGCAACAGGCUGCCGCCAUGUCCCGGUCCGACAUCCAGCGAAAGGUGUUCGAGUUCCUGAGGCUGGUGCCGCAGUUCGGCCGUGGCGGUGAUGCGCGCACAAAGAUCGGCGACAGCGUGGGUAAAAUUGUGGACCUCUACGAGGCCAUAGAGGCCGGCGACGAUCAGCAGCGGGCACUGCUGCGCGAGAUAGCGCAACUUCUGCAGCUCAUCGCCAGCGUAUCGGGAAUCAGCGUCCUGUACCCACAAGAUAUCAACAAAAUCCACAAUGGCUCGGUGCGGGACGGAGCCGAUCUGCUGCGGAGCCGCAUCGGCGUCAUUGCCAACAUUCUGCCGCCCGCCGGCAGACGCGAUGUCAACGAUGUCACGAACCUGCUGUACGAGGCUCUCACGGAGUAGGACUGGCAGGCCGGCAGGUCAGAGAGGUCACCACUGAGCUGCGGCCGGCCGAUCACCGAGUACUGGACGGACGCCAGAGCUGACAGACGCAGCGCUGAGAAUAUGGCCCGGUGUUUGUAACGCCGGUCUACGUUGGUGACGAUGGUCGUGACGAGGUUGUUUGCCAGAUAACAUUGCUAUGGAUCACAUCAUCACAGUGAUUAUCAUGCUUGACUGUGUGAUUGCACGAUUUGCUAAAAGCCCAACUACAGAUGAAUUCAACUGCAGACUCAUCAGUCUGUGAGUCAACACACACACAUACUAACGCAAUGAUAACACUAGCGUCUAGCACUAUAUAAUGAUAUCGAUUAUGUACGUACAUACGAGUGGCGAACCCCGGCACCCGUCGCCCGGACCGGAAAUGAG